UCAAGUUUCUUUGCGGAUCGGCAAACCGCCCGGCGGAGAGCAAUUUACAGUUCGUUCCCUGGAGGAGGGUGGCUGGAAUUGUUGUGUAGCUAACGUGCUAACAGCUAACUGCUAAUGAGCGUGAGGAUAGCUUUUUACAUGCCUAUCAAUGAUCAAACGUAAGUAGUCCUUUAUUUGAAGGAAUUUUAUAGUGUUUACUUUGUAAUCACUGUAUUCGUAUUUGACAUAAUACAAAACAAGAUGUUUACUCACUUCCUUGUAAGUCCAUUGGUCCCACAGUAAAUAUCCACGGUGAAUGGGGAACCUUUUGAAACUCCAAAAAGGCGCAUACGCCUCUCCCGCAUACAGAAUGAUUUUUCUGCAGCCGUUUGGCUGGCGUGAUGCAAAAAAUAAAAGUAUUAAUCCGCAAAAUCAGCUGAAUCCUUCGUCCUCAUACACAACAGUACACUGUAGCGUGAAGAGGACGUCUUCUACCGUACACGUCACAGCGCCCUCCGAAGCCGGAAGUCACUCAUUUUCCUGGCGCGGGAUUCAAAAAACUAACUAAAUAUAGCGAUCGCUUCCACACACAUCCAAGCGGUCCAUAUCAUUCAGGAGCAUAAAAUACCGCGUGUAUUAUGAAAUAAACAUGCUUUUUCGUGUCACAAGCACUUUAAGGCUAACUCUUUUCGAGUUUCUUCUUAUUUUUUGGUUUGUUUCAUUUUUCUUUUUCGCUCCACCACUGUCUUCGGUCGCCAUUUCCCCAGGGGACACGGUUCAUGUUCGGGCGUGAGCGCAAACCUUUCAAACCAGACUGUUUUCUCUCGCGACGACACUCUUAUUGCCAAACACUCGUAAGGUGAGGCGCUCUUAUCGUGAGGCUUCGCUUGAUGCCACUUUUCUACCAUCCGCGCGUGUCUGCAUGUUGUGUGCUUGUGUCUUUAGUGCGCUUAUACGAGUGUGUCUUUCCAUGUAUUGCACUCGUAUUUGUGUGAAAAUUUAGUCUGUAGUUCGUCUGUCUGUGGUUGCUUUCUUUUUGCGUGCGAAUGAUAGCGCGUACGUGCAGGUGUGCGCGUCCACGUGUAAAGUCAAAGGUCACGAGAGGAAUCGGGUCAGGUCCGACCAAUCGGCAAGCGCUGUUCGCGUAGGCGUCGCCGACGCUCUCGUCCGAUUGUUUGUUUGGAAUAAAUAAGCAUUCAAAUGACCGAGGUCGCUUUUUCAGGAGACGCGGGCCUUCUACGUCGAUGACUUCACACUUUUUUCCGACAACAAGUCAAAGCAAAACGUCAACAAGCGGCGGCCGUUCCUUCAGUCGUCCCCUUCCCGAGGCGGAAAGCGCCCUUUCCGGCCGCGACGAGGACUUCCGCGUGGGCGAACGUUCGAAAGCGACCGGUCUCGGCCGUCUUCUUUUUGCCGUGAGCAAAAAAAAAAAAAAGACAAGCACUCACCUGAGCAAUUUUCGAGAUCACCUCCCUCCACUCAGACCUGCGUCAUUCUGAACCUUCUGGGUGUACAUCUGUGGCUAUACGUGCGUGUGCGUGUGAUCGCAUCAUAUCAAACUCCAAAGGUUCACUGUCUUGGUGUUGGCUUUACAAGGCAGCAUUAAUGUUUAACCCGCUGCUAUCUGUGUCAGCACACAGGCAGGCCUGUUAUUGUCAGGAAAGGAACGGAAAGGAAAGGAUUCUGUUUUACAAUACUGUUGUUUCAUUCCAAUGAUGAUGAUGUUCACAGAAAUGAUCAGGAAGUGAGGCAAAAUCCACAUACAAGUACCCUAAAGCCAACCAGGAAGUGACCCAAAAUCAACGCACUGCCUGCCAUUGACAAGGGCAAACGUCCAAAUCAUCUCAUCUCAGAAGGCCAAUCCGUUUUGACGUGGGUUCAUUGGUCCCUCCCCGUCUAAAUGGACGGCAACAGACAAGUGACCCAAAAUGAAUAGGAAGUAUGCCAAAAUCUAAAAGUCGACCACACCGUGAGCAAUGUUCCCUCUAAUUUCUUAUGUGUCUAAGCAGACACACAAGCUCCCCGAGCACAUCGAGGACCACGGCGAGCAACGUUAGAUGUGUACGCUGUGGCCACACGCCAGUAUCACGCCUGUUCAGAUUCAGAAUAUUUAUUGUCAUUGUUACUAAACCACAAUGAAACUUUGCAGCAUCCAUACAGCUAAGUUGAUAAAGUGCUAAACCCUAACCUAACCUCACCUCACCUAACCUAACCCCAACCCUAACCUAAAACCCAGGACGCGCCCAACUAAUGUCCCCAAAUGACCUGGACGUGUCCCUCAAAUGUCCCAAAAUCAACAGGAAGUGACCUGAUAUUGUCCCCCAAAUGUCCCCAAACCAACCUGGACGAGCCUAAGAUCUGCAUCUCCACACAGCAAAGACCCAGAGUCAUUUCUCCAGAAAUGGCAGUUUCUAGUUUACUUUUAAUAUCAUUGAUUUGGCCCACAUAAAAUGAAAAAGACAAAAGUGUCAUUGUUCACCAGAUGUGUUCUAUGUUAUAUGUGACGGGAAGGGGAAGAGUCCUGCUUUGGCCCGGAAAAGGUCCAAUUGUGGCAUAGGUCAGUUCAUAAAUAAAAUAUAAUGAACAACCACAAUAUCCAGCUCCCACAUUAAACCUGGUCCGACAAUAAGGACACUCAAGAUUCCUAUUCUCCUUGUCUAAGCAGCUAUACACGACAGGUUUAAAAAAAAAAAUCACUGCUGGUUCUUCUAUUUGCACAUACUGUACUCUGACAACCCUAACCCAUCUUAAAAGAACUGCAAUUCUUUUUCACUUUGGCUUGAUGACUGCCCGUUCCUUUCGCCAUGAUAAGGGGUUAGCACUUGCGUCUCUACUCCGCUGCGCUGUGGCUAGCUAGCUAGCUAACCUGCCAGGCACGUAUGGGCUGCGUAGCGUAAGUGAAGUGAACCGUGUCACAUUAUUAAACAUCUGUUGCUCAUUUAGUUACGUUGCAAAAUGGUACAAUUUUGUCAAAUAAAAUUUUGAAAAAAAACUGGCUGCGGAAUGUUGCUUCCGUAAAUCAGCACAAGAGUCUAGCUCACUUAUCGCUCUUUAUUUUUCUCCGAACCCACCCAGGUCAUGCACCUCACGACUGUAUAAAAUGGUGCUGUAGAACCCACCAGUGGGAGCGUCGCGUUGCCGUAUCGAACGCACCAAUAGGACUGUCGUGUUGCGGCGCCGACAGUAGUCCGAGUGACACUCCAAUACGUUUCUGUUGAAUUGGAUUUUAUUGCGCAGCAUUGAUUUUCUUGUGCAAGCAGUGCGAACAUGGGUCGCGAGCGCCAUUUCACCACAAAUCAUCUCCGUCACGGUCAACUCGGCGAUACGUCGCGCUCGUCCGACUCCUCCCGAGCCCGGUUCGUGGAAAGUCGUGCCAUCGCAGCGGGUCGCGCGUGCGCCUGUUCUUCUUUUAACUCGGGAACCUCUGCGGAAUGUCGCCGGCUAAAUUUGUCCCCGUCCGCCGGGGCGGGGCGGGGCGGGGCGAGAGUCUCCGGUGUCGCCGGGCUCUCUCUCUCUUCCGAACCCUUCAGGAGAGCAUUUGGGGAGGAAGGACCUCAGGGGGUCAAUUGAGCUCGAAGCAUAUUUGUCCGCUACGCAGCGUGACACAAAAUUGAGCUUUUAGGCACACUGACAGAAAGAAAGGAAUUUUACCGUGGCCAGCGAGUUCGAGAAAGCUUUAGGCCUUUGGACCGGAAGUCAGGCACGCAGACGGUAAGAUGAGCGGACGUCUCGCCGAUCUCCGCUCCUUUUCCGUCAGGACUUGCGGGACCUUCCCGUUCUUCCGCGUGGUCAAACGGCACAGCCCCGACGAGGUUUCCUUCUCCCGCCUGCGGCUCGCCGAUUUCGACGCGGUCGGGACGCUCGGCGUCGGAGGUUUCGGACGCGUUCAGCUGGUACGGGACGGCGGAGAAGAAGGCCGCUUUGCGUGUUCUUUAGCGUGCGGGUUUGAGUCGGGCCCUAGUUGUGACCGGAGCGUCGACGGCAAGGGAUGUCCGAUCGGCAGGCCCUCUCGCUUCAAACGGACGGAACGGGCGUCUUUGUGUUCAGGUGCAGCUGAAGAGCGAGCGGACGCGGACGUUCGCCAUGAAAGUUCUGAAGAAGCGGCAGCUGACUUUGGCCCACCAGCGGGAGCAGGUGCGCUCCGAGAAGACCAUCAUGAGCCAGACGCGCUGCCGCUUCGUGGUCAGGUUGUACCGGACCUUCAAGGACAGCAAAUACCUCUACAUGCUGACGGAGGCCUGCCUCGGCGGCGAGCUCUGGACGCUUCUCAGAAACAGGGGUCAUUUGGAGGACUCCGCGGCUCGCUUCUACCUGGCGUGCGUGCUGCGGGCCUUGCGCUACCUUCACGCCAGAGGAAUCGUCUACAGGGACCUCAAGCCCGAAAACGUGCUCUUGGACGCCGGCGGUUACGCCAAGCUGGCGGACUUCGGUUUGGCCAAAAAGAUCGGCGUCGGGAAGAUGGCCAAGACGUGGACCUUCUGCGGGACGCCCGACUACAUGGCACCCGAGGUCAUCCUCAACAAAGGCCACGACACCUCCGCCGACCUUUGGUCUCUCGGCGUCCUGCUCUUUCAACUCCUCGCCGGCAGUCCUCCGUUCUGCGGCGCAGACGACGCGCAGACGUACAGCGCGGCGCUCCGGGGCCUGAGCGCGCUGGAGUUCCCCGAGCGAAUCGGCCCGGACGCCGGCGAUCUCAUCCGGAAGUUGUGCAGGUGAGCGAGGACGAAGCCCGCCCGAGCGAGCCCUUUGCAAAGGGAGCGUCUCCCUCGGCAGAGACGAGCCCUCGGAGAGAGUGGGAACGCUGGACGACGACGGCGUCUGGAAACAGCGGUGAGCGUCCCGUCCCCUUUAGGAGCGCCGAUCGAGGCUCUCAUCGGCGGCGGCGGCGCCUUGUGUGUGAGCGCAGCUGGUUCGAGGGGUUCGACUGGGACGGCCUGGACGGAGGAACCUUGACGCCUCCCGUCAUCCCCGACGUUUCGUCGGCGACCGACACGGGCAACUUUGACCCUUUUCCGGCAGACGGCGAGGAGGAGCCGCCGGACGACGACUCGGGAUGGGACCGUGACUUCUAGAAGCCCCGCCCGAACUUCCCCGAAGACGAAUAAAUGACGGCGGAGAAAGCGGAUCCCGUUGUUGACCGUUCCGGUAACCGAUCGCGGCUCGGUCGGACUCGUCGGCGUCCUCGACGGCGCUAGACGUUCGAUCCGUUUGAAGCGGGAGCCAACGAUCGAUGCCGGUGUAGCAUCCCGGCCGGUCUCUCAAACUGAUGCUUCACAACUUUUAUUUUCCUUCCUUGAUGUAAACACAGCAUAAGAGCUACGGUGCACACAAAUAAAACAACACA